UUGAGACUUAAUUCUUUCCGGUCCCCUUCUUUGGAGUGUUUAAAUCUCCGGGGUGGAAAACCGCUUUUCCUGGAAGACCCGGCACUGAGAGGAGGAAGGUUGGAGUAUGGGCAUCAUCAUUUCCGCUUCCGGUGGGCAAAGGGCAAGCGGAAUGUAAACACGGGACCGGCGGAGUGAUUAUCAGAAUGGCUUCCUUUGGAUGGAAGAGGAAAAUUGGCGAGAAGGUCUCAAAGGUCACUUCCCAGCAGUUUGAAGCUGAAGCUGCUGAUGAGAAGGAUGAAGCCGAGAAUGAUGAAGGCAUCUGGCUUCAUGCUGGUAAACGUAGGAAGGAAAUUCUCCAUGAAGGCUGUGCUGAGAAAAGUAAACAGCUAAAGGAUGAAGGAGCCACUUUGGCUGAAAAUAAAAGAUAUCGAGAGGCAAUUCAGAAGUGGGAUGAAGCGUUACAGUUAACCCCAAAUGAUGCUACCCUGUAUGAGAUGAAAUCACAGGUCCUAAUGUCUCUUCAUGAAAUGUUCCCAGCAGUUCACGCAGCAGAAAUGGCUGUCCAGAGAAACCCACAUUCCUGGGAGUCUUGGCAAACUUUGGGACGUGCUCAGCUUGGAUUAGGAGAGAUAGUCUUGGCAAUUCGGAGUUUUCAAGUAGCCCUUCACAUCUACCCAAUGAACCCUGAAAUAUGGAAAGAAGACCUUUCUUGGGCAAGAACACUCCAGGAGCAGCAGAAGGUAGCACAGAGAAUUAAAAAAACUGAAGCACCAGCAGAAGUAACACAUUUCUCACCAAAGUCCAUUCCUGACUACGACUUUGAAAGUGACGAGAUUGUUGCUGUGUGUGCAGCUAUCGCUGAAGAACAGAAGGUGGUUUCAGCACAUAAAACAAUGGUUAUUGUGUCAGCUUCUGGGACCGUGGAAACUGUAAGUGAGAAGGAAGAUGGCGCGGCACCCCCAGAUGGCUCUGUCUUUAUCAAGGCCCGAUGAGGCCAGCGGGAAUUACUUGAAUGUGUCGUUUUGAUUGCUACUUAAAGCUAAUGAGGCGUAGGGACAUUUACUGUGGAGAAGUAGAACAAACCUGUUUGUAAAAUAAGUUUAGUUGUUCAGAUGAGGCCUAUACAAACUGAAUAGUAGAUGUCUUGGAUAGUGUUUGAGGUAUGCUUGGGUACGUUUUGAUUUAAACUUUCUAAGAUUAGAAGUGUGAAUACAGUGGUUUUAAUGAAUGAGAUUAAUUUGAUUCAAAUAUGUAAGUGACUACAUUUUAAAAAUACACCUUGAAAACUGGUUUAUCGAAUAAUGAAUAACUUGAUGGCCAGUGUUAUUAAAACAUUAACUUGUUGACUUUUAUAUUAAGUGGUGAUUUCUGUCCCUCUUAGAAAUAUGACAGCUUUCACUAUGCCCUCUUAUGUUUUUGUUUCAUUCGUAUGGGUCACAGAAUUUGAAUUUUUUUUGACAUUUUAUUUUGAUUCAAAUAAAAUGGUUACCUGCAGAAUCUUCGAAAGUUCAAUUAAAAUGCAUGCAAAUGUUUACAUUCUGAAUAUUUUCAGAAGUUUCUCUUAGCUCUGAUUUGUACUUAUGUUUGGACUUUAAAAUAACAUAGUAGUUGCUGCCUUCAGGUCUUUAUAGAUGUGUGAAGUAUUGAUAAAUGUUAAAAUGGUGGGUGUUUUUUUUUUUUAGUUAUUAAAAUAGUUCAAAUAGUUCUUACCAUAAACAAGUAAUUUUUAACAUGUACUUUUUAAAAAUGAAUGACUCUUAACACAUCAUAAAAAAAUUAGAUUGCUAUAUUGUCCCAGUUGAAAGCAGUGUUUUCUUUUCCUAAUUUUUAAGUCUAAAGCCUGGAAAAUAAUUUAUAUCUUGCUUAUAGCUUUCCAGCUAAUGGAUUUGGAAUUAUUUUUCUAGAUAACUCUUUUGGAACCAACCAUUCAGUGAAAUGAGAAAUAACUAAGUGGCUAAAUUAUCUCUUUCUAAAAAUUAAAGGAAAAGGGAUGUUAGAGUUAGUAUGAAUGAAUGAAUAACUUAGGCACAAUAUAGGCAGACUCUGAAAUGUAAUUUAUUGCAAAACUAUAAUGAAGACAGAUAAAAUCCCAUGAGUAGAAAAGGAUAUAUUGAGAAAACUGUGCAUUGAAAGGCCACAAAUUCAUCCACAAAUCAAUACUGUCAUUGUUAAUGUGAAUUACUAUUUUUAUACUACUUAUAUCAGUUAUAUAAAAAGUGCUGGGUACUGUUUCUUCUGACACUCAGGAAGCUAUUAUUGGUAUAAAGUUAAUUUUAUCCUUGUUAGAGCUGAAAGUAAAUUACUCUAAGGAAUCUACUUUGCCGUUUUGGACUGUGUGUAAGUAAUGGUCUACGUUUUGUAGAGAGACUUCAGUUUUUGUUUUUUUUUUCUCUUUAUUGGACCGCUUACUUCUCUUUUUCAAAGUUGGAAAAGUCAGCAUUUGUCUUGAAAAGUAUUAUUCCCCCCUCCAAGUUAUAUGGAACAGUCCUGAUUAAAAGAGGCUAGUUUAGAGGCGUCAAAACCUCCUGAAAAUAUUAAUUAUAUUUACUUUUGCUUCAUGAGGGAUUUUUUCAAAAUGUAGAUGGUUGGGUGUGGAAAUAAGUGAGCACUCAACAUUUGGUGUGUUGUUUGGGGUCAUGGGUGUUUGUUUUUAAUGUAUUUGUGAAUAAAUAUUUUCUGCAUUUUGAAGAUGUCUGUUUUGUGUUAUUAGCUUUGGAAAAGUUUGAGGUAUUUAAAUUUCUUUUUGAUGUGAAUAUAAAAUAUGGAGAGCACCUGGUAUAUGGUGUCUUGUACAUGAGGUAUUCAGUGGAUGCUAGCUAGCCAUUUCAGUGAAGACCUUGAAUGAGUUUACAGAUAUUCAACCUCUAUUUCUUUUGAUUUUAAGAAACGAAAAUAAUAUCUGUAUCUCUUCCUAACUUGGAAGUGAGAAGUAACUCCUGCAGAUGAUCGUAAGUUGAGGAUUGUCUUCUUGCAUAAGGUCUAUACCCCACCCCCAAAACAGUCAAAACCCAGGAUGGUGUCUGUAGCCACUAUAUACUAUUCAGGAACCUGGGGUUUCCUCUGUGUUAACUUUGGAAUGCCUCGUGGGCUGAUGUUUUAAGGCAUUUAAAAUAAUUUCUACAUAAGGUAGAAGAGAAAAAGUGAAUUAUAGAGAUGGAAGGUAGCUUGUUUUCCAUCCCCUAAUGGAAAGAAUUAACACUUUUAUAUGCAUGAAGAAAAAAAAAUGUGUACAAUAUUUUAUAAGGGUAUGAUUGCUGAUAUGAAAAUCUUUACUAAGCUUAUUAACUAAUAACAUAUCCUUUUGAUUCUGAAAGAAAUAAUUGAUAUUCAUGAUUAAAUAAAAUGUUUAGCUUUCUGAGAUAACACUAAAUACAAAUUA